AUGGGGUAUUCCGAUGAUGUUUCGAACUCCAAAGCGUAUUCCGAUAAUGAAGAUGUUUUGAAAGCCAAAGCGUCACCAGAAGUGAAGCACAAUAAUUCCAAACUACCUAGAAAAGAUCAGAAGGCUCGUCGAAAGGGAAAACAAAUUGGAAGGAAAGGAGGGAGAGCCAUGUCAGUUACUAAGCUAAAUGCGAUCAAUGCUGCGGAACAUGAGGCUGCUGAGCAAGAAGCCAUGCAGAAACGAGAACGAUUGCUGAUUCGUGCCAUGAUUGGAGGAUUCUUGUUGUUGGUAUUGGGUCUAGCACGACAGCAUAAUCCAGAUGAUAAUCCCAACGGCCUGAACAAUCAGGGUGAUCCAUCACUGCGUGGGUCCCCAUCGCUCGAGUGGCAAGGAGAUCGUCCCAACAUGGCACAGCAUUUGACACUCGAAACGGAGAAUUCCGAAGAUUUUCACACAAAGUCAAUUUUGGAUUCCACAGAAGAGGAUGAGAAAUAUGAUCAAUACAUGGAUCUGGUCGAUAAUAAUGAAAACAGCAACUCAACAGUAUCAGACAACAGUCAGGAUGCUGGUGAAGCUGAACCUGAGACUUUGGAUGAACAGCCAAAUUACAGCGAAUCCAAUGCUGAGGAUGUGUCGACCGAAAGCGAGGACGUGACAAUAGAGUCGCAAGAUACUGUCGUAGAAGAGAGACCUUCAGGGGAUGAACGGUAUAAAGUCGAUCCGAUUGAGGGUCGAUUGCAGACUGUCGAAGGGGAUGGCGGGAAUUAG